AGCAACCUGAGCGUGCUGCGCAAAGCCGCCUUCACCACCAGCCGCCCGCUGCCCGACCUCCGCCUGCUCCGCCUGCGCCACGACAACAUCCAGGCCAUCGAGGACAUGGCCCUGCAGGGGCUGCCGGCCUUGAGGACCCUCGACCUGAGCCAAAACCCUUUGAUUUCGGUGGCUCCGGGCGCUUUCUCCGGCCCGCUGCUGCGCACGCUGCAGCUCAACCAGGCGCUGCUGGGCCCGCUGGAGGAGCAGCUCGCCUUGGCGCUGCGCAACCUCAGCCUGCGGCGCCUGGAGCUGGCGGGCAACGGCUGCAAGCUGCCCUUCGCCCUCCUGCCCUCCGGCUUGGAGGAGCUGGACCUCCGCAACAACUCCCUGCAGCAGCUGGCGGCCGCCGAGCUGCGGAGCUUGGAGGCUCCGGGCUUGCGGGGGCUUCGGGUGUCCCUAGGAGCCAACCCGUUGCGUUGCGAUUGCGCCCUGCGCCCGUUGCUGGUUUGGCUACGCUCCUCGGCCACCCGCGUGCUCGACGCUCGAAGCCUGCGCUGCUCCGGGCCUCCUCCGUUACGCGGCACCGCGCUGCUGCGCCUGCGGCCCGAAGGGUUGGGCUGCGGGACCUCCGAGGGUGGAGAGGCCGGGAGGCUGGAGACGGCCUCCUACGUUUUUGGCAUCGUGCUGGCCCUCAUCGGCAUCGUCUUCCUCAUGGUGCUCUACCUGAACCGCCGCGGCAUCAAGCGCUGGCUGCACAACCUGCGGGAAGCUUGCCGUGACCAGAUGGAGGGCUACCACUACCGCUACGAGCAGGACGCCGAUCCACGCUGCGCCAGCACCGCCGGCACCCCCGGCCUCUGACAGUACCCCCAAAAUCCGCCCAACGCUGCCCCUCGACGCCUCCAUCCCCGGCAUCCUCCUCGAUCCCAUCCCGGUGCCGCGGCGCCGCUCCGGAGGCAGAGCCACCCCUGGGGGUGCUGCGCGUGCCCGCGUUGGGGUGCGUCCGAGUGGGCAGCAUCCCCCUUUGGAGGGCUCCAAACUGGCUCAUCCUGCGCCCUGCUCCAUCCCAUCCCACUGGAACAGAUCCUCUCCCCCGUCCCCGUGCACGUGUGGGCGAAGCGAGGGCCGGGACAGAGCCGUGGUGGCCCCGUGGAUUUGGAGGCGCUCCCCACGCCGGUCCCCGUGUCGGACUCGCAGCGCACACGUGAGUUUUGGGCACAUCCCGGGGAGCUGCGGGCCGUACCUGAAACUGUCCUGGACGUUCCCAGAGCCCGGACUCGACUUUGACCAUGUACAGCUCUUUCCUAUUAGAUUUGUAUUUGACUAAGGCAAAACUUCGCUUGGUUGCUCUUUUUUUUUUCUUUCCCCUUUUUGUUUCUCGCUCCGCACCUGGAGGAAAAAGCACGGGCCGGCUUCUCUCCCCGAGUAACAACGUGCUUUUCCGAGCCCAUUGACCGCUUUUCCUUUCUUUGGCACCAAAUUCCAUCUCUUCCCAGGCACAAAACGACGCAGCCGUGUGGGAAUCUCCUCCGCGGGCUGCGUGCAUGUUCCCCGGGGCACGCGGGGGCAGCUCGUUUCGGACCCUAACCCAGCUCCUAGACUAGGCUGCCUCAGCACUUCGUAAGUUCAAACGAGCGAAGCAAAAGCUCCGGCUCUAGCGCACCUGCCCGUGUUUGCUUUAGAACCGUGCCUGUUAUUAUAUCCUACAGCAAAUAUAUCGAAAGCUGCA